GUACAUGAGCGUUGUUGGUGUUACUAGAAAAUCCAAUAUGGCUGAAUAUUUUGUGUUCCUCUCUUGAUUAUAGUUGGUUCAAUAAAAAACUCAAUGUGAAGAAUUAUGAAAUUGUUUACUUCUAAUUUAUACUUCCUAUGAAUGUAGUGUAAAAGAUUUUUGGCUAAGAUUUAAUGCUAGAAAUUCAGUAAAAAGUGUAUCAGCGUGUUUGCUUUGCUUGGUAAUUCAGUUAAUUGUCAGAUACAGGUUGUGGUCCAUAGGAUACUUUCAAUAAGAAACCUACUUAUUAUUAUAAAGACGUGAUGUGGGAAUUCUGCAAAAUUGCGGUAAAUAUAUAAUUUCAUCAUGACAGACACACGAAGAAGGGUAAAAUUAUACGCUUUGAAUGCUGAUAGGCAAUGGGAUGAUAGAGGGACAGGCCAUGUUUCUUCCUCCUACAUAGAGAAAUUGAAGGGUAUUUCAUUGUUAGUAAGGGCAGAGAGUGAUGGUACUUUAUUACUCGAGUCCAAAAUUCAACCAGAUACUGCCUACCAGAAACAGCAAGAUACAUUAAUUGUUUGGUCGGAAGGAGAUAAUUUUGAUUUAGCUUUGAGUUUUCAAGAAAAAGCUGGUUGUGAUGAAAUUUGGGAGAAAAUUUGUCAUGUUCAGGGGAAAGAUCCUUCUGUUGAAAUAACCCAAGAUGUAGUAGAAGAAUCAGAAGAUGAACGUUUUGAUGAAAUGUCUGAUUCUGCACCUCCAAUUGAGCUACCACCAUGUGAACUUGGUAGACUAGAAGACAUCAAUGAAUUAUUUAAUAAUUGUAUAAGUUCACCAAUGAGGAAAGAGAAAUUGGCAGCUGCUAUUGAAGCCGAAGGUUAUAUUCGAAAAUUGAUAAAUGUAUUUCAUAUGUGUGAAAGUCUAGAAAAUACUGAAGGAUUACACAACUUAUAUGAAAUAUUCAAGAAUAUGUUUUUACUGAAUAAGAAUGCCCUAUUUGAAGUUAUGUUUUCUGAUGAACUGAUUUUUGAUGUUGUUGGCUGUUUAGAAUAUGAUGCUUCGUGCCCUAAUAGAAAAAAGCAUAGAGAAUAUUUAAGACAGCAGGCUAAGUUUCGAGAGGCCAUUCCUAUAAAGAAUCCUGAGUUAUUAUCCAAGAUCCAUCAGACAUUCAGAGUACAGUAUAUACAGGAUGUUGUUUUGCCAGCUCCUUCAGUAUUUGAGGAUAACAUGCUAUCAACUCUAAAUAGCUUCAUCUUCUUCAAUAAAGUGGAAAUUGUUUCUUUAGUACAGGAGGAUGACAAAUUCUUAUCAGAAUUAUUUUCAAUGUUGUCAGAUACUUCUACAUCAGUGCUUAAAAGAAGAGAUUUAAUGUUAUUUUUGAGAGAACUGGUGAAUUAUGCACAAAAUUUACAACCUCAUGCUAAAGAAAUGAUUUAUAAGACAUUGGUAACAUUGGGUGUUUUUCCUGCAUUGGAAGUUUCACUUGCUGUAAACGACCAAAAGACUAAAAGUGCAUCUAUGGAUAUUGUAACAAUAAUUUCAGAGUAUCAACCUUCUGUUGUGAGAGAAUAUACUUUACAACAAGCCGGCAAUAUGGAAGAGGAUCAAGUAUUGUUGAACAUCAUAAUAGAACAGAUGAUUAAUGAUAAAGAUCCUGAAGGUGGAGGAGCUGUACAGCUAAUGGGAGUUUUAAGAGUAUUGUUAGAUCCUGAGAACAUGUUAACUUCUGCUAACAAGUCUGAAAAAACCGACUUCUUAAAUUUCUUUUAUAAACACAGUGUACAAAUUCUGAUAGAUCCCCUCAUACAAAAUACUGUAGAUGACACCCCACAAAAAGAGGACUUCAGAAGUGUUCAGUUAUUGGGAUUGAUCCUUGAAUUACUAUCCUUUUGUGUGGAACACCAUACGUAUCAGAUAAAGAACUGUAUUUUGCAAAGGGAUCUCCUCCGUAAAAUUCUUGUUCUAAUGAAAUCAUCUCAUAAAUUCCUUGUGUUGUGUGCGUUGCGUUUUAUGCGAAAGCUUGUAGCGCUAAAGGACGAGUUUUAUAAUCGGUAUAUAAUCAAAGGACACUUGUUUGCACCUGUUAUUGAUGCAUUGGUUAAAAAUAAUGGACGUUAUAAUCUAUUAGAUUCUGCCAUUAUAGAAUUGUUUGAGCACAUAAGAGUUGAAGAUAUCAAAUCUUUGUGUACUCAUGUAGUUGAGAAUUAUGGAAAGUACCUGGAAGAAAUUGGUUAUGUUCAAACAUUCAAAACACUCAAGCUAAGAUAUGAUCAACAACAAGACAAACUAAAGGAACGAGAGAGAAACAGUCUUGAACGAGGACUUGAUAUAGUCCCUUCGAUAUUGAGGAAUAGCAGGUAUCGCAGGGAUCAAAGACAAAUGGAAGAGGAAGAAGAAAUUUGGUUCAAUGAAGAUGAUGAUUAUGAAGAUAAUGAAUCUGACAUUCAAUCAAAUAAUGAUAUUUUAAAAAAGAAAAUAGAUACCGAUUUGGACAAUAUAGGCAAAAUCAUAGACAAAAAACCGGAAGCGAAUGGUGCAACAACAAAGAUGAAUAACAAUGCUGCAGCACAGAAAACUACAGCGCUGAACAAUAACGCAAAUGCAAAUUCAACAGUUCAGUCAACUACAUCACCUUCAACAAAUGAAAAUAGAUCAUCUUUGUUUAAAAGGAUUUUCCAGAGUUUGGUUGACUAUGAAGGAGAUUCAGAUGAGGAAGAUGAAGAAACCGGAGAAGUCACUAAACGACCAAGACUAUCAUAGUAGAACCAGUCUAUCAGUGGUAAGUACACCACAAACUUAUGUGUGGUGCUUCCAGUGUGAUCUCAUGUGAAGUGUUAGCAGUAACAGUGGUCAAUUCUAGAGCCAGGUGUCGAGCUAGCCCCACUAUGCUUUAUAUAAGUUGUGUGUACUCUUCAAAUAGAUCAGAGGAGAUCUUACUUUGUCCGAAUUUCUUGUUGGGGGUACAACAAGUUGGAAAUAUUUUUAUUGUGAUAACUAUGGGAAUAACCCUAAAAUAUUAUUUUUAUUUAAUAAUUGCAUGGUAGUAUCUUCUUCCAAAAUAUUACCGAUGGAAUUAUAUUCAUUUUUGAAAUUUCCUGAACGUGUAAGUAGUAGAAUAAUAUUUAGUUUAAAUUCACCCAAAACUAACCUCAGUAUGAAAUAUUAUCAGAAUAGUUUGAUGGAAUUAGAUGAGAAAUUAAGAAUUUUAUAAUAUCUUUUUGAAUUUCGAAAAAUUUGUUUACUCUCUCAAGUAUUUGGACCUCUUGAUUCACUUUGUUGUUAUUAUUAUUUUUUUUUUCAUUCUCAAAUAUCAUUCAUAUCAAUUUUUCUUCCUAAAAAAUACGGUCAUUAAAUAUUUCGAAUCAUUCGCAACUGACUAGAAGCAUUUCAAUGGAAAGGAGCUCUAAAAAAAGAUUUUUCUUCAGAACUUAUUUAAAAAGUUGUUUCGAAACUGUCUUCAUAUUUGAAUGGAAAAAAUAAAAUGUUUUCCUUUCAAAUAUAUUAGCAGGACCCAUACUGAAUAAAAUUAUUUCAAUUUUACUGGAUUACUCUUUCCAUGCAUGGAAAACUGAAGCUAGAUGAAAAUUGAAAAUUUUCUUGGAAUUUAUUGCAUUCCUAAAUAGGUAUUCUAUAAAAUUCCAUGAAUUCCCAUAUUUGUCUUAAUGAAAUAACAAGGAAAUACAGCUCAACCACUUUAAUGUAUCCACUUAUUUUGGUGUGUAUAUUUUGUAAGUUGGCAGUCAAUCAGAAUGCUAUAGAAGCACAAUUUUUUACAACAGAAUGCUUCCUUUUGUAUAAAUGAUUGAGAAAUUUCAGUUGUGAAAUUCACUUGUCCCAUUGUAAUUUUUAUGGGAAGGUAAAUAUACAAUGUGAAUAUUCUGAAAUUCUCUGAAAUUGUUAAAUCCAUCUCUCAUUCAUAAAUGUUUAGAUAUGAAAGCUCAUAUUUUAUUGUGUAAAUAUACCUUUUCCUCUUUUCAACUGGGGAUGGAAUUGAUAAUGUACGAUGUAAAAUAGAUCCCUUUGUACAUUGUAAUACUGGAUACAAAAUGACAUUGGAUAUUACAGUUAUUUGAUUUAUUUAUGUAUUCCAAAAUUGACAGAUCACUCACUUUGGUCAAUAUUUUUUUCCAUUUAUAAAAAGUCAUUUUACCAUCAACAAUGCCAAUAGUAUAAUUUUUUUCUGAAACAUUAUGUUCUUUAAAGAAUAUUCUUGCAGUUUUUUUUUAAUUUUGACUCCCAAUAAUUGAUCAUUGGAAUCAAUAGAGGAAAAAUUCUAGACCAAACCUACCACUCAUUAAAUUGUCACUUUGGCCUUUUAGGUAGCUUCCAAUCUAAACAUAUGAUUUAAAAAUAUGUCUCAGUGUACCAACCGGAGCUUUCCCAAAAUUAGUUAAUUAAAAAAUCUCUAGAUGGUGGACUGAAGGUUGCAUUUUACCUAAACCUACUGAAAAUUUUGAUAGGGUUAGAAUUUUUCUUCAUUCAUUCACAUAAUUGAAUAGUUGAAAAAAAAAGGGAUUUCUACAUAAUAGGUUAAGAAAGUAUAUCAAAUUAUUUAUUUUUUUUAAGCUGAUGAGAAGAUGAUACAAUAUUGACAUGUAAAAAUGUGACUGAGUAAAUUCCAAAUACAGACAAAAUGCAGGUUUUUGUUUUCGUGAAGUUUAAUAACUCAUUAUAAUAUCAUAUCUUUGACACAUCAACUCUGCUCAUCCUAUUUGAUAAUAAAUUUUGUUGAAAAAAUUUAAAAUAUUUAAGCUUAAAAAGCUGAUAACAAAAAUAAAUUGUUUCGGUUCUCAGUUUUUUAAAAUCAAUUAGGUGGAAUUGUGGUUGAACUUUUGAUAAAGGUACUAUGACAUUUUCAGAACGAACAUGCUAUAAAGGGAUGUGGACCUAAGAAAUUUACUUAAUGAUGAAUAUCCAGCAUAAAUCUGAAUUGUGAUAUUUGAUGUCUGAAAACCAGUAAAAUAAAUUGUUCCCGAUUACAAUGUACAAAUGAAUUAAUUUAUAUAUAUAUAUAGUCAUACCUUGAAAAUAUGUACGACUUUUCAGAGUAAAAUGUGAAUUGAAAUUAUAUUGUAGUUUAAGGAAUUUAGUAUCUAAUUAUAGAUAGUAGAGUCAAAUAUAUCGUCUAAAAUGAGUGUAGUGUCAUUGGAGUGCUUAGAAUAUAAAUUAAUACUUCGUACUGUUGGUUUUGUUUUCAUUUCAAAUAUUUUUGUCUCAGUUCUUUUAUGUGAUAGUAAUGAAUAAUUUUUAAAUUAUUAAUUUAUUAUGUAUGUGAGAUAUUUCAUUUUCUUUGAAUAAUUGCAGUGACCGUUCUUAUAUGAAGAAAGAUUUGACUUGAUUUGGUAAAGGGGAAGGCAGUAUGAAGUGCUACAAUUGUAGUCUGCAUAGGUAUUUUUCUUAAUGAUUUUGUAAAUAGACUAUCGAAUAAAUUAAUUUUAUUUAA